UUUUUUUUUUAAGUCAAUCUAAAUAUUAUAUCAUUAACAGCCGACCAUACAAUUUGUAAAAAUAAAUUUACAUAUCAAAUAAAUAUGAAUAUGGCCCAAGUAGCGCGUAGGCUAGUGAGUAAAGUCCGCUCUGAAUUUAACUCAUCGUCAUUUUUUCGAUCACAUUUUACCUAUUAUCCCACUUUGGGAACUGGGAAAAAAAUGAAUAUGUUUAGCGCCAUAAAUAACGCAUUGGAUUUAGCACUUAAUAAUGACCAAUCGUCAUUGCUGUUUGGCGAGGAUGUGGGAUUCGGUGGAGUUUUUCGGUGUUCAGUUAAUUUACAAGACAAGUACGGAUGUCAGCGUGUUUUUAAUUCUCCUUUAUGUGAGCAAGGAAUUGCUGGCUUUGCGAUUGGAGUUGCUAAUACUGGAGCUACCGCGAUAGCUGAAAUUCAAUUUGCUGAUUAUAUUUUUCCGAGUUUUGACCAAAUAGUAAAUGAAGCAGCAAAGUAUCGUUACCGAAGUGGUGGGCUCUUCGACUGUGGAUCUUUAACUUUUAGAGUUCCUUGUGGAGCUGUAGGUCACGGAGCACUUUACCAUUCUCAAAGUCCAGAAGCAUACUUUGCUCAUACCCCGGGCCUUCGUGUUGUGGUUCCUCGUGGGCCAAUAAAGGCAAAGGGUCUUCUUCUUGCAUGUAUAAGUGAUCCUAACCCUUGCAUCGUAUUUGAGCCUAAAUCUUUGUAUCGAGCAGCUGUAGAAGAAGUACCAACGGAAUAUUAUACCUCGGAGCUCGGCAAAGCCGACAUACUACGAGAUGGAAAAGAUGUCACACUAAUUGGUUGGGGUACUCAAGUCCAUGUUCUAUUAGAAGUAGCUGAACAGGCAAAAUUACAUUUUAAUGUCGAUUGUGAAGUAAUUGAUUUGGUAUCUAUUUUGCCAUGGGAUACUAAUACCAUAUGCACCUCUGCGAAAAAAACUGGACGGGUUAUAAUUUCUCACGAAGCUCCAUUUACACAAGGAUUUGGCUCUGAACUAGCAUCGUACAUUCAGGAAAAAUGUUUUUUGUACCUUGAAGCACCAGUAAAGCGUGUGACAGGAUGGGAUACACCAUUUCCUAAUGUCUUUGAGCCCUUUUAUUUGCCUGAUAAGCACCGAUGCUUGUCAGCUAUAAAUGAAAUUGUUAACUUUUAAAAAAUUUCGUUUAUGUUAACAUGUUGCUAAACCUAUUGUUCGAAUACUAUUUGAAAAGCAAAAUUGAUUAAUUCUUUACUUUACAUUUUUUUGUAAGCCAAAAACUUGAAAAUAAGCAAGGGCAUGUUUAAAUAAAAAUUUGUAUAGGUAUACCCGUUCUAAGAAAUGCAUUUUAAAUCAAGUUCACUGUCCGAGUUGCUUUGUCCAUAUCCAUUAUCCAUUUAUCCACUAUAAGAGCCGGACAGUUAAAAAUGGCAGUACAGUGCAAGUUUAUAUUGAAAGUUAUCCACACCCAAAAUUCAUACACUUCAGAUACGUUUGUAAAUAAUAAUACAUACUAAACUUACUUGAAAAGGUUAUAUAUCAAAGCUUUCGGUUUUAGCAGACAGAUAUCUGAAAUCUUUAUUCAACCACUGUUUAGAAUUCACAAACGUAAUAUAAUAUUAAAAUUUAUUUUUUCUUAAA